GCGAAGCGGCGGACGCGGCGGACGCGGCCACCGCGGCCAAGGCGGAGGCUCCCAGCACGGCCAACGUCAAGCUGACGGCGGACAAGGAGCUUCCAAAGGGCCUGCGGCAGCGGAAGAAGAAGGAAUCCGAGGAGGAGAAGGAGGCCCGCAACAAGGCGCUGCUCUCCGGAGAGGCCCCGGCAGCUGCCGCCGCGAGCGAGGAGGGCCCAGUGGCCGCCAAUGGCCAGCUGAAGCCAAAGCCGGUUCCAGAAGGCCUAUGGGCUGCGGUAUCCUGGUCCCACAAGGAGCAGGUGAAAGCCCGCCAGGCAGCUGCCAGCGCUAUGCAGUUCGACCUGCUGCUGAUCCUAACGAAGCCUGUGAUUCCGCUCAUUAUGCUGGUGGCGUUGGGACAGGUAGAUGCGGAUCUAUGCCACUCUGCCAUGGCACACGUCAGAAUUGAGCUUGGGGACCCCCUUUGUUUGACCAUCGACAGUUUCGCGCUCCUAACAGUGGGGUCCGCCACUACUGUGGUGGUGACCGGUGCCACUGGCAGGACAGGCGCCCUGCUGUACAAGGCCCUGCAGGCGGAUGGCGUCCAGGUCCGAGGCCUGGUGCGCAAUGUCACCAAAGCGCGAGAGAUCCUCGGAUGUACCGCCUGCAACGCGAGCGACGGCAUCUUUGUUGGGGACAUCACCGAGCCAGCGUCGCUUGCGGCUGUGAUGAAGGGCGCAGAUACCCUCGCCAUUGCCACCGCCUCUACUCCCGUCUGCUCCGGGGGCAUUUUCCCCUUCAAGAAAUGCACCUUCCACAAGGGUGCCGAGCCGAAGAACAUCGAUUGGCUUGGCACCAAGGCUCAGUUGGAGGCGUUCGCAGAAACGGGCGAUGUCAAGGCGAAGCAGGUGCUGUAUGUCAGCACCAUGGAAACCACAAAGCCUGACAACUUCCUGGACAAGCUUGGCAAAGGCUAUGCGAGCUUCUACCAUUUGCUGUCGGAGGCAUACAUCAUGUCCUCUGGAGUGCCGUUUACCAUUGUCAAGGCGUGCGGCCUAGGCGACGGCGAGCCGGGGAAGCACCGCUUGUUGGUGGGCCAUGACGACGCCUCUUUUAGCCUGGCCCUGAACCACGAGGUGCACCGGGAGGACGUGGCCCGGGUCUUGGCGGAGGCCAUCCGCCACCGCGAGGUGGGCCUGCGCUUCGACUUCUGCUCCGCGGCGCUGGGCGAGCCCACCACGGACAUCGAGAAGGAUGUGUUGCAAGCCGCGCGCUAUCCGUGGGACCAGCCGAAGCAGGUUGUGGUCUGA